UUGAAACCAUGACGUCCUUGUUUAAUGGAAUCCUGUCGUUACCGUUUUGGCGGCUGUCCCGGUGUGCUAGCUACACGUGGCCGUCGCCACUCUCCGGCUUUGUGCGAGCCCUCCCUCCAUCGUUCACACCACCCUCUCCAGUGGUUAGCCUCUCCUUAUAUAUAUAUUUUUUUCUCGCGAUUACUUGCUUUACUCUUCAGUUUUCGAAUCGCGCAAGUCUCGAUUGGAGUGGAGAAUUGCGAAAUUGCUUGAUUCUAGUGUUUGCGCCUUGCUGUUGUUGUUGUUGGGUGAGUUUUCGGGGUUUGUGGAGUUGGGAUUUAGAGUUAAUUGGAGUGAAAUUUGGGGAUGGGCUGCGAACACCCUGAAUGGCUUCCUGCUGGUUGGAAAGUUAGAGUGAAGGCUCGAAGCUCUGGGAAGAAAGAUAAGUUUUGUGCCGAGGCUGAAGGACAAAUGUCAAUCACUGAUGAUGUGGAUGAAAGUUUAUCGCCCGAUGAGAUGGGAAACUCAGGUCUGAAACUUGCCACCGAUGUUAAAUGCGAUGCGACAAAUGUGGCUAAAGGACAAAUUCCAAUAAGCCAGAAAGCCGAUGAGAGUUUGUCGUGCAAUGAGAAGGGAAAGUCAGGCUCGAAAGCGGCUUUACUUAGAACAGAAGAAAGGAGAUGGAGUCCGAGAUUGGCAGCGAAUAAAUUGAAGGAUGGCGCAAGUAGAGAUCCGUCGUUGUUCCAAACAGGAUUCGAGACUCUCCGUGAAGAAGAAGAAGACGAGGGGAUCUAAAAGAAAGUGGGCAAGAGACCUGCCCCGGAGAACUUCGAAAAGACUGGCGGGUAUCAAAGUCGACAUAGAAGCAUAUCUUAGGCCUGCCAAACUUAGUCG